AUGCCUGCCAAGACGUACUGUGAGCGCGAGGAGCUCCUUGUGUCCAGUCUCCAGCAACUGGUGCAGCUGCGCGCCUUUCGGCCGCUGCUGAGCGCCUGGGGCGCGUGCAGGUUGCACUCGGCGUCCGACAGCGACAGCGAUGGUGAGCUGGACCCGGCGGCGGCGGCGUUCUUCGCCGACCUCCGCCGCGACUCGGCGCUGCUGGCCUCGGCGGGCGGAGGCGCUGAGCUGCACAGGCACGAGCAGCUGCUGGAAGCGGCGGAAGGCACGGACGAAGGCGUCCCGGUGGGGCAGCAGCGGCUGCUGCAGGUGGGGGUGAUGGGCGUGCCCAACGCCGGCAAGUCUACGCUGGUCAACGUUCUCGCCGGCUUCAAGGUGUCUGCCGUCUCACCCAAGACCAACACCACCGAGCGGCCACGGCUGGGCGCCUUCACCGAGGGGCCCUCCCAGGUGGUGCUGUACGACACGCCGGGCGUGGUGGACAAGCUGCACUACAAGAAUGCGGCGCACCGGCAGCGCGUGCGCGGCACCUGGGCUGUGGCCGCCGACUGCGACCUGCUGCUGCUGCUGGUGGAUGCGGCGCGGGAGCUGCAGCGGGCUGACCCGCGCGUGCACCGCCUGGUGGAGGAAAGCGCCAGCGGCGCCCGGCUCGGCAUGCCGCCCGGCUGGCGCCCGCCGCCCGGCGUGCUGGUGCUGAACAAGUGCGACGCGAUCGCGCGGCCGCAGCGGGCCGGCCUGCUGCCGCUGGCCGACAAGCUGCGGGCGCUGCGCCCCUUUGAGGAUGUGUUCUUCGUCAGCGCCAAGGAUGGGCGGGGCCUGCCCGAGCUGCGCCAGUUCCUGCUGGACCGAGCCACGCCUGGGGAGUGGGCCCUGGGGGCGGGCAUGGCCACAGACCGGGGCGAGGAGGAGCAGGCUCUGGAGGUGGUGCGUGAGCAGCUCUUCCUGCGCCUCUACAAGGAGGUGCCCUACGAGACGAGCCUGCGCGUGACCAGCUGCCUGCCGCAGCCCGACGGAUCGGUGCACAUCGAGAUGGAUGUGGUGGUGCGCAAGGACAGCCAGAAGGUGAUUGUGGUGGGCAGGAGCGGCGAGGCCAUUGGCGGCGUCAUGCUGGCGGCAGAGAAGGAGCUGCGGCGGAUGUGGGGCACCGGCGUGCGGCUAGUCCUGACCGUGAAGGUGCACAAGCCGGGGUGA